UCGGUAUUGCAGACAACGGGAACGAUCCCGUCCGCCCGGCUUCCCGUGACGAUGCAUCGACCCAUUCGCGGUGCCGGCAGCAGUUGGCAUACAAGUUGGCGAUGCCAGUCGCCCUAGUGAGAGCGGAUAUACUCUAGACCAUACGUAAAUAUUGCAGUUUGUCACACACGGUCUUUGAAGCAUUGAACACAUUCGCCACGCAAACCUGACGCCAGCUGCCAGCUCCGCAGUGGUUUGCGUUCAGAGCAGUGUGACGCCAAACUCCAUAUGUUAGUUAACUGACGCAUUACUCACUAAGUCCUGCGAAAACUAGGGCGACUGCAACAUCCUUUCCUUUUUCGCAGCGCCCGAGCGUGCGGUAGCGCGCGCAUGACGUGCCUGUCUAUCCAAGCUCGAAGCAUAUAGCACCGAAAAGCCCCGCAGCGGUAGCAUCGUCAGCAGCGACAAAGCAACUUGGCACCCAUCCGCGCUCAGCUCGUGGAGAUGUGCCGCGCUGCUGCGCGGGCAGUGGCGGGGACGUCUGCGCAGGUGCACGUGGCGAGCUGCUCGCACUCGGGCGCACGUCGCUCAUGCGUGGCAGUCACGGCUGCCGCGCCACACGCUGCGGCACUCGGCGGGCCGGCUCUUCCGAGAGAGCUGCACAUCACGCUGCCGCCUGGGUGCAAGGUGCCGCCCGUCACCGUGCCGGUGCUGCACCAGGUGCUCCAGCACUACGCGGCCCGCACCCCGCGGCUGGGGGUGGUGCUGGAGCGGGUGACGCGGCCGGGCUGGCCGGGUGUGGAGGCGCUGGGGCACGACCACUUCGCAUUCCGCACCUUUGGGGUGCCGGGCCUGGGCAUCAGUUCCCUGGAGCGCGUGCUGGUGCCUCUGGGCUACGAGCGGGUGGCCGACACGCCGCCGCUGGCCUUCCCCGCCAAGAAGCUGGCCGCCACCUGGUUCCGGGCGGCGGACCCCGAGGCGCGGCGGCGGCUGCCGCGCGUGUUCGUGAGCGAGAUACAGGUUGAGAAGCUUUCGCCGCGGGCUCAGGAAGUCAUUCGGCGGGCGGGCGGCUGGGCGGCGGCGGCGCCGGCUGAGGAGGUGCUGGUGCAGGUGACUGGUGCGCUGCUGGCCGGCACCACCCCCUGGCCCGCCCCCCACCUGGCCGACUACGAACUGCUCAUGGCGGAGUCCGAGUACGCCGGAUGGGUGCUGGCCCACGGCUACUCACUGAACCACACCGCCCUGGCGCUGCACCGCCUGCCCUCCUCCUCCUCCUCCUCCUCCUCCUCGCCCUCCUCCUCCUCCUCCUCCUCCUCCUCGCCCUCCCCCUCCUCCUCCUCCUCUUCAAACCCCGGCGCCGACAUUUCGGACUUCAACGCCCGGCUGCAGGCCGCGGGUCUGGACCUCAACCCCGAGGGCGGCCUGGUCAAGGUCAGCCCGGACGGGCUGCUGCUGCAGAGCGCGGUGGUGGCGGACCGCCUGGGGUUCCGGUUCGGCUGCGGCGCGCGCCGGGACAUCGCCGCGGCCUACGUGGAGUUUGUGCAGCGGCUGCGGCUGCCGCAGUACUCGGACCUGGCGGCGGAGCAGGUCGGGGAGGAGCACCUGCGGGAGGGCUUUGAGGUGGGCAACGCGGACCGCAUCUUUGAGUCCACAACCUUGGCGGCGGCUGCGGGGGCCAACCAGUAGGAGAGCAGCAGCACCACCAGCGGCCCCGCACAGGGGUUCGUGGGAGGCUCCGGUUGUCCAGCGGGGCGUGCUGCUGGGGCGUGGGAAAGGCGCCCGACCCGGUCAGGUGUGGGUGCGGUUGGCCGGCGUCGGGUUCACAGGGGCUGGUGGUCUGCUGUUGUGAGCGGCAUCAUUCGGCGGUUGUAACAUACUUGUAUUGUACUGUAUUUGUAUUCAUCGGCACGAAGUUGUUGUUUCUUUGUGUUGGAUCGUGUUAACCUCGUUUUGCCUGCUGGGCAGGCGGGGCUAAAGCAUAGCUGGCCACCAGGCAACGCUGCGGAUUUGUUUGCUAACGGCUCACAUGAAUUAUGGCAUAUGCCGAGAGUUGUAGCAAUUUUCCAGGGGUGACAUCCGUGCAGGCGUUUGGUAAGCGUCUUGUACAGUAAAUGCAGACACGAUGUAACACACUCAAGGG